AUUCUUAAAAAAAAUUAAAAUAAUUUCAGUGUUUUUCUUUUAAUAUUUUAGAGUUAUGGAUGACUAACAUUUUCACUUAAUAAUUUCCAAGAAUUCUACUCCUUCCAAAGAAAUAAAAAUAAAUCAAAAUCAGGCAGGAAACGUGAGCUGCGCAUGAUCAUCUUCAAUUCAAUGCCGCUUCCGCAAAAUUCAAAUUUGAAAAGCUUAACGGUCAUAAAAUUCAGAUUGAAUGUUCUCUCUCGAAUCAUAUCAAACAGAACUUUCCUUCCUCUCUAACCUUUUUUCCUUUUUUUCUUUUUUCCCGAAGAAUCAAAAAGGUGGGGAGUGUUGAUUGCUUCCGUUCAAGGUUCAAAUUGCAGUACCCUUUUUCUUUAUCGAUGGAGAACAAGAAUCUUAAGUUAUGGAAUGACCCACAUAUCCUUCCUGACCUUUCUUCUCAACAACCUAGCUCCGACACUGCAAAUACUGAAGAGCCUAAAUCAGCCAGCUCAGAAAGUCCAGCAAUGGCAAAUCCAGAUUCUUCUUGUAAUAGAGAUGAUGAUUCUUCCUGGAAAAAUCACAGCUUAGAUGCAAUUAGUACGCAAAAUUUCAGUGACCCAAUUGGGAUUAACAAAGUUGAUGGUCGAUCCAUGUUGGGAUUUUCUCUAACAUCUGCUGACCUGGUCAUAUGUGCCGGUUCACCAGAUAUUCCAACUGAAAGAUACGGAUCUUCCCCUGAAUUCUUGGAGAAGAACAAGUGUUCCAUUGAACUCUCCUUAGAGAAUGGCAUCAAUGAAUCUAAUGCGAAAAAAACCCGCAAGACUCCCUCUGUUAAGUUUUCGACAGUGUGCCAAACUUUUGAGAAAGAAUUGUCCCCGGAAUCCUCCUUUGAACUACUCCCUUCUCCGCCUGCAAUUCAAGAUGAAUUACAGAAGGAACAUCUUCAUGAUAUAGAUGAGGGUCAGGUGGAAGGGGAUUAUGAGUGUCAGAAGAAGGAAAUAAUAGAGCUGAGGAGGGUCAUAGAUGGGCUUAGGCAGGAGAAUCAACUUAAAAGCAACGAGUGCCAAGAAGCUUGGAAGUCUCUACAGGAGCUUCAGAAUGAGCUUAUGCGUAAAUCAAUGCAUGUUGGUUCAUUGGCCUUUGCUAUUGAGGGACAAGUGAAAGAGAAGAGUAGAUGGUUCUCAUCUUUGAGGGACAUGACAAGAAAAUUGAAGAUAAUGAAAAUGGAACACAUCAAGCUCUCCGAAGAGGCAUUAUUGUAUAAGAACUGCCUCGGAGAUAUCAACAAAAUGAGUGAAACGAUUCAGUCCAGAAUAAACCAGCAGGUGGAUAUUAAGGAAGAGCUCAAGAUUAAAUUUCUCGAAGGGGCCAGAGAACGGAAAGAACUCUAUAACAAGGUUUUAGAGUUGAAAGGGAAUAUAAGAGUCUUUUGCAGGUGUAGGCCUCUAAAUGAUGAAGAAGUUGCAGCAGGAGCUUCAAUGGCUCUUGAUUUUGAGUCUGCCAAAGAUGGUGAGCUCACUGUAAUGUCAAAUGGAGCUCCUAAGAGAACCUUUAAGUUCGAUAAUGUUUUUGGCCCUCAAGCUGACCAAGUUGAUGUUUUUGAAGAGACAGCUCCGCUUGCUACCUCAGUCCUAGAUGGGUACAAUGUCUGUAUAUUUGCAUAUGGGCAGACGGGUACUGGGAAAACUUUUACAAUGGAGGGUACAAAAGAAGCUCGCGGAGUAAACUUUAGGGCUCUAGAGCAGCUGUUUCGAAUAAUUAAUGAGAGGCAGAACCUAUACCGAUAUGAUAUAUCUGUGAGUGUACUAGAAGUCUAUAAUGAGCAAAUAAGAGAUUUGCUAGUGUCAGGCACCCAACCAGGAAUGGCUGCAAAAAGACUUGAGGUAAGGCAAGUAGGUGAAAGAAUGCAUCAUGUACCAGGAUUGGUUGAAGCGCAUGUAAACAACAUUAAUGAGGCUUGGGAAGUUCUACAAACAGGAAGUAAUGCAAGAACUGUUGGGUCAACCAAUGCCAACGAGCGCAGCAGUAGAUCACACUGCAUACACUGUGUGAUGGUCAAGGGGGAGAAUUUGAUGAGUGGAGAAUGUACAAAGAGCAAGCUGUGGCUGGUGGACCUAGCGGGAAGUGAACGAGUAGCAAAGACAGAAGUGCAAGGGGAACGUCUCAAGGAAACUCAAAAUAUCAAUAGAUCUCUGUCUGCGCUUGGUGAUGUCAUAUCUGCUCUUGCAACUAAAAGCCCUCACAUUCCAUUUAGGAAUUCAAAGCUUACUCACUUGCUUCAGGACUCUCUAGGUGGAGAUUCAAAGACACUCAUGUUUGUACAGAUCAGUCCUAAUGAGAAUGACCUUGGUGAGACCUUAUGCUCACUUAACUUUGCUAGUAGAGUUAGAGGAAUAGAGUUGGGUCCUGCAAAGAGGCAAUUGGAAAACACAGAAUUUCAGAGAUGCAAACAGAUGGUUGAGAAAUCAAAGCAAGACAUGAGGAUCAAGGAUAUGCAAAUCAAGAUGAUGCAAGAAACGAUUCAUGGCUUAGAUUUGAAGAUAAAAGAGAGAGACCUGAAAAAUAAGAAUUUGCAAGAUAAGGUGAAGGAAUUGGAAUCGCAGCUACUUAUUGAAAGGAAGCUAGCACGUCAGCAUGUUGAUACAAAGAUAGUUGAGCAACAGCAGCAGCAGAUUAAACAACAGCAAGAAAUGCAAAACAGUACACCAAUGAGAUCACCAUUAGCAGCUCGACCACUGGGAACUUUCAAGAAUUUAAAUGAAGUGGCUAGUGAACCACCUAUGGAGGAACCAGUAAAUCUUGCUCAUUCAUUAAUGGAGAAUAGCUCCAAACCUCUUACACCCCUUCCCUCAACAAACAGCUUUGCCAAACAUAUUGAUCCUUCAGAAAAAGAAAACAGUCCUCUGGUUGAUGAAAACCUGCUACUUGCAAAAAGGACAGGAAAAGCUUCAAUCUGUGAGGCUGCAAGAAGGAUAACAGUUACCUCAGCUCCAAGGCACAACACCCUGUUUCCACUACCAAGUGCACCUAACUCAACUCAGGCACCACGGCCAUUGUUACCAUCGCCACCAUGUGAAGAAAAUGUAAGGGGGGAAGAAGAUGAGUUCUUCAUUGAGCGAACUCUCUGUAAUAGUCCUAAGCCAAUGAAGAGUGCAGGUAAGAGGUUGGGCAGCAAUUUGAGACGAAGCCUUCGUAAGAAAAUCCAGAUGAAGUCCCCAAUGCAUCAACAGUUGAGAAAAGGUGUAAAUGUGGGAAUGGAAAGGGUAAGAGUGUCCAUUGGAAGCAGAGGGAGGAUGGCACACAGAGUACUGGUAGGCAACGGGAGAAGAGGAACAAAGGAAAACCAGCAGAAGCUAAUUCAAAGGGAGAAGGAGAGGGGAUGGAAUAUUGGAACAACAGGGAGGGCUGCAAUCUAACAGCUAAAAGAGAAAUGAAUUGACAACAUGCAGAUAUUGCUAAUUCAAGGGAGAAGGUGUGUUUUAUUUUGUAAUUGUUGUGUGUUUUGUUGUUGCAUAUUGCAACUCAGAGUGUGGAUUAUUUCAGCCGAUGCUAAUAACGUGAUUAGAUUAUGCUAAUCUAUGAUUGAUUUGAUGAUGUACAUAAUCAAAGAAGAUGAACUUCUUGUAUGACACUUGAAAUGAUUAAAGGAAAAGAGCCAUC